CCACACUAUUGCCUCUUCUCAUCACCACUCGUCUCCUCUUCUCGCUUCGCCUUCUCCUCUCCUUGUCCUUGACCUCCCCUGCUCCGCCGCGCCGCAGAGCGAGCGGCCAUGACCAAGGUGCACCCCAACGUCGCGGUGGUGGCGCCGGCGGUGGUGGAGGAGGAGAAGGGGGAGGCGGUGUCGCUGACGGUGUGGCGGCGGUCGCUGCUGUUCAACGGGAAGGGGUUCACGGUGUUCGACGGCAAGGGGAACCUCGUGUUCCGCGUCGAGAGCUACGCCGGGGGGUCGCCGAGGGAGGUCGUGCUCAUGGACGCCGACGGCCGCGCCCUCCUCACCAUCCGCCGCAAGAAGCUGAGCUUCGCGGACGAGUGGCUCAUCUACGACGGCGACGCGGCGUCGCCGGCGGCGCCGGGGCCGAAGAGGUUCACGGCGCGGCGCCACGUCAGCCUGCGCCCCACCAAGUCCCUCGCCCACCUGUCGCCGGCGCGCGCGUCGUCGUCCGCCGCCGCCGGCGGCGGAUCGGCGACCGCGCCGAGCGGCGCCUGCCGGUACGACGUGGAGGGCUCGUACGCCGCCCGCUGCCUCGACGUGUUCGCCUCCGCCAGCGCCGGCGAGCAGCGGCGGCGCGUGGCGGCGGUGUGCAGUAAGGAGGCCGCCGUGGGCCCGGACGUGUUCCGGCUGGUGGUGGAGCCGGGCUUCGAGCCGGCGCUCGCCAUGGCCGUCGUCAUCCUCCUCGACCAGAUGCACGCCUCGUGAAAGCUUCGCGCGCCCUCCCCCUGCCGCUGCACGAAUCUCAAAGCUCCCUGCACCACAGCUGUGUGCCACAAGGAACAAAAAUCUCCUUGUUUCUUGAGAGCUCAAGACACCUCCUCUCUUUUUUAUGCUUCAAGAUUAGCAAAGUUAUGAAUCACUCAUGAGCUGAGAUGAUCAAUCUGCAGCUAUAGCAGAAGCAUUUUUUAUGUAGGGGUGUGACGCUUUUAUGGUUUCGGGUUCAGGAUUUAGGGUUAAGAAUCGGACGAUGGAUGGGUAUCCAGAGGUGUUCUAUAAGUGCCAGGUUUUCGGAUUUUAAGUUAGUGAAAACAAAACUGUGCACUUAAGGUUGGUACUUUGGUAGGGCAGAUGAUCCAAGAUCUUGUAUGGAGUGUAUAUGAACAUGUAAAUCCCAGCCCCUUUUUGUUUCCUUCCCAAAGGAAAUUUCUGGUCCUUAAUACAUACCUCUAAUUAAUAAAACUUUGAGUUUGGUUUCUCCUA